AGAUCCCUUCUAGUGAUGCUGUCCCAUAUCGCCCGUUACUCAUUCAUAAGUGUUAUCGCACUCACGCUCGCGUCACCACGUGACCACCUCGAGCAGACGACAGUUGGCGGGUCUCCACAAACAGCAUUCGGAGUCCGACUGAACGACCGACAACACGCAAUCAUGUCCGCCCUUGUUGGAAAGUGGAAGCAAGUUGAGUCAGACAACUACGGCGCAUUAUUUGAUGCUUUAGGUGUGCCCGCUGAGACCAAGGAACUGUUCCUGGCCAACAAGGCGGAAGUGGAGAUCGGGAACGAUGGAGACACGUGGUGUAUCAAGUCCACUGUGAUGGGAAAGACACGUGAGGACACGUUCAAGCUGGGGGAGGAGAGAGACGGGGUCUCCAUCGUCGGGAUGCAAGUCAAGUUUACAACGACCCUUGAAGGAGACGCACUUGUGGAAGUCAGCAAGGCUCAGGGGAAGGAGGUCAUCACAAGACGAGAGGUGAAAGGGGGACAACUGGUGUCGACCUUCACAUUAGGCGAUGUCACUGCUUCCAUCACGUCCAACAAAGCCUAACCGACCUCUCCUGUGUAGUCAGAUGUCUUAAACAGGGACAGAAACCUACUGACUUAAAACGUGCAACGACAAAACGCACCAAUCGGGUGUACCACUCUGGAAGCAUAAUGUGAUAUGAACUUAUCUCCCCUGUUUGAAAACGUCAACUUGCAUGCGUUUUGUUUAUUGGAAGUUCAAGCACCUUCUGGAAUGAUACAUAUAAGUGCCUACAAGUUUGAAUUAGUACUAAACACGGUACAAGUGUUUUGCUAGAAAAGUUGAAUUUCUGAAGACAGCUGAUACACAAAUUCUGCUUGUAUUGCAGUGCUUGUUUUUAAAGAUAAUAAAGAUAAUUACUUGUC